AUGACUGGCAGGCAACACCGCACCGCCCGCAGAACAGGCUCCAUGACAGAACGCAGCUCUGGGGCUUUCAAGGGCUUUGAGGGUUUCGAGGCAGGUUCUGCUUGCAAGCCCCGCAGGCCUGGGUCUGCUACUUCCCCUUCCGCCACUUCCCCUUCCGCCACUUCCCCUUCCGCCACUUCCCCUUCCGCCACUUCCCCUUCCGCCACUUCCCCUUCCGCCACUCCCCCUUCCGCCACUCCCCCUUCAGCCACUUCCCCGUCCUCCACUCACCUCUCCGUUAUAACUCGUUCCAAGUCCGCCCCUGGGAUAGUACGCAACUGUCCCCUCACCUCUGGGAUAGUACGCAGCUGUCCCCCAAGCAAAGCACUUGCCAAUUCCCCUUCUAGCUCCCCUUCCCCCACCCUUCCCGCUCCCACCCUAGCCCCCCAUGCGCCCCUGCCCUCCCCUUCCCCCGCGCCCUUCCGCCAGCACAAGCCCUCCCCAACCGAUUUCCCCCGCCGCCCCCCUCCCCUUACCACACCCCUGACUCAACCAGACCCUUCCGCCUCUUCCCCCCAAACCCCCGCCUCCCCCUGCCAUUCCCCCACCUUACCCUGCCCCAUCCCCCAGGACCCCUCCCACAACUUCCCCCCGAUCUCCCCAUCCAAGCCCCCCCGCUUCCCCACAUGUUCCCCCAAGAUUCCCCCCUCUUCCUCUGUGGGAGCCUCCUAUCCUGCUGACUCUUCUGGAGGGGAGAGGCUGGGGGAAGAGGGAGAGGUAGUGCUGCUUCAGAGCCCGACCCUAAGGACGGAUUUGGCAGGGGAAAGACGGGCAGCUCCAACUUUGCGGGAGCCUCUGUGGGAGCCCCCUAUUCUGCUGACCAUCCUGGAGGGGAGAGGCUGGGGGAAGAGGAAGAGAUAG